CAAAGAAACCCGCUGAGUGCAGCUGCUCCUAAUCACUGAAGCACAUCAUUGCAGAGGUGCAAAAUAGCUUAUGGCAUUAGCUGGGCAGUUGUAGUGCACGGAAAUCUUGGCUGCAAUAGACUGAGUUUGAAAAUCCAGGUGGAUGACGACAGUGUGUGUGUGUAAGUGGGGGUGUUCAGGAGGAAGCCUCGGUGCCUCCUCGUGGGGAGCCCUGAUGACUGAUGACGUCCUCUGAAUCGCCCUCAAGGAGAACGGCACGUCGACGAAAACAAUUCAGGAGCCUUAUACGUGCUCAUUAAACGGGUAGAAGAGGUGCUGUGGACGUGUCCAGCUGGAGGUCCGCGGCAGCGCUGGUACUGCUGUUUUUUUUUAAAUAUCGUUUAUAUCGAGCCUUGCCCUCGUCUGCUGGUGUAGACUGAGUGAAAGCGCAGACAAACAGUCUCACCUCCAUGUCUGCAUCAUCUCUGGAUACCUUACCGUCAGUUCACGGGCGGCGGGAGCGAAGAAACUGAGUGAAAUGGUUGUGAGCCGUGGACUAAUUUGGGAAAGGCUGCUGCUGCGGAUCGUGUGAAGGGCGAGGAUAGAAAAAAAGAAAGAAGAGGGAGAGAGUGGACGUGCGUGUGACUGUUUAUCGCGCUGUUUGGCUCCGCUGGUUAACGCGGCUCGACUGAGGCCACGGAUGGGGUGAAGGAGGCUGGAGGGAAAGGAGCCGGAGCAGAGGGAGCUCUGGCUGGAGAAAAUGCAGGAGGCAACGGGAGACGGAGAGGAGCCCAUCCUGAACGGGGCUGCACGGGAGGAGCAGCGUCCGGUGAAGCAGUCCCUGGCCAGCUCUCUGUGUCGGGAGUCUCACUGGAAGUGUCUGCUCCUCACACUGCUUAUGUAUGGCUGUUUUGGUACACUGGCAUGGUGUGGGUUAUGCAAGGUUCCGGUAUUAGCCUCAGCAGAGCCUGCCGCUGCAGUCAUGGAGCCUGGGGACCCAUCCACAACUUCUGCUACUGCUAUCGCUUUCAGCCCAGAUGAGCUGGCUCUGGACAGUCCCUGCUCAAGUGGCUACGUCUACAUUCCUCUGGCCUUCCUGGCCAUGCUGUAUGUGGUGUAUUUGGUGGAGUGCUGGCACUGCUACUCCAAGACUGCCAUGCUGGCUCAAGCCGAGGUUGCUGAGGUGUAUGAGCGCGUGCAGCGGCUUCAACAGGCCACGCCAUGCAUCUGGUGGAAGGCCAUCAGCUACCACUAUGUGCGAAGGACCAGACAGGUGACACGCUACCGCAACGGCGAUGCCUACACCACCACACAAGUGUACCACGAGCGUGUCAACACACAUGCCGCAAGCUCUGAGUUUGACUAUGCGAGGCUCGGCGUUAAAGAUGUCUCAAAGGAGCUAAGAGGCCUAAUGGAUCACCCAGCAGUGCGGCUGCGCUUCACAAAGUGCUUCAGCUUCUCCAGUGCUCGGGCAGAGGCUGCCUACCUCACGCAGCGGGCACGCUUCUUUGGUGAAAAUGAGGGCCUGGAUGACUAUAUGGAGGCACGGGAGGGAAUGCACCUAAAGAAUGUGGACUUCCGCGAGCACAUGCUGGCCUUCCCUGACCCUGCACGCCAGCCCUGGUAUGCCCGUCGGAGGGUGUUCUGGCUCGCCUCAGCUCUGCUGCUGUCCUGGCCGCUACGUGUUGUUGCAGAGUAUCGUACUGCAUACGUGCACUACCAUGUUGAGAAGCUGUUUGGGGAUGGAGAUGACAGCGGCAGAGGGGAUGGAAGCGAGAAUGGAGGGAUAAAUGAGAACGGAAAUGGAGGGGGUAUUGGAUCAAGCUAUCGCGCCAUCUCUCGAGUCAACACUGUCGACAUGACAGAGCUGGAGUGGCACAUUCGCUGCAAUCAGCAAAUGGUUCCCAGCUAUUCAGAGGCUCUGCUGAUGGAUCCUGGCUCGGAUGGCAACCAAGGCACCAACCCUCCUCCGGCUGGCUCAAACUCCGUCGGAGGUGGCCCAACGCUACCUGUUGCUUUCACUUCAGCCUACCUGCUCCAAAGUUGCCCUCGCUGUCGGCGAUCCACUAGCAGCGCCUCACUCCCUUCCAGGCUGAGAGGCCCAACGGCUGCCUUGCUGAGCAGCACCGUGGCUGGUAUGAGGGCUGGAGGAGUGGGAGGUGUUACUGGGGGUCCAGGGAGGCUGGUUCUGAGCAGGAGCGGCUUUUCCCUGGGACGCCUCCAGGCCUCACGGCCCACCUCACUGUUUCAUUCCCGCAGUGUGGGUGGAGGACUAGGGGGAAGAGGGGAAGAAGGGACUGCUGGUGGAGGGGGAGGUGGAGGUGGAGGUGGAGGUGGAGGUGGAGGGUUCCUUGGUUUGGGGUCAAGACAAGACGAGGAGAGCAGAGGAGUGCUGGAGGGAGGAGAGGGGGAUGAGGAAGAAGUAGAGGGAAAUGAGGAGGCAAGGGAGGAAGGUGGGGACAGAGAGGAGGAGGUAGGGGAGCAACAUGAGGAAGGUGAAGGAGAGGAAGCGAGAGAGGGAGAAAGAGAUCGCCCUCCUCCAUAUCAGGAUGCUUUUUUUUUCCCCGUGUUAAUAGUGCAUGGAGAGGAGAGUUGUCAUUCGGUAGAGGACAUCUCUUAAAGAGAAGAGUUUGACCUAAAAAUCAGAAAUAGCAGGAUGGCUAAAUAAAGACUAAGGUAGUCCUGUUUUUUCCCAUAGCGAAUGAAACCUGUAGGACCAGACAGAUUUAGGCUUUGAAGAGGAAUAUGAUUUGGGUGGAUUUUUCCCUUUGUAGUGUUGCAUCAGAUUAACUGUUGUAAAGAGUACUGGCAGUGAUGCUAUCAUAUAAAGAUGAUUUGUGUACUACUAUGCCUUUGCAAAACAACUCAUGCUGAGGGCAAUGGAACAAUUCCAGAUGUAUAAAGGUGCAUGAACCAACAAAAGAGAGGAAAGCAAUGAAUCUUGAUAAGGACUAAAGAUAUCUAUGCAAGACUGUGUGAAGCCAGAUACAAAGAGCAACAGAUUUCUAAAACCAUAUUAUCCAGUGGUUAGACAGAGGAAGAUAAAUCAGCACUAAAUUUCCCAGCAUGUCUUUCAGAGGUAAAGACAAGACAGCAUCACAAAUACCAUAGGACCAAAAUUUUGGUUUUACAUAGUCAAGUUUAACAAAAUUACCAGAGAUUAGACUUGUCUUAGACUUGUCAGGCUGUGCAUGUAGCUUAAUUGCCUAAGCCUAAAUACUAACUAUACCUACAAAUACAGUGUGUCCCAUUUUUCAGCUGAUAGGACAUAAUGGAAACACCGUGACCCUGUUUCUGACCUUCAUCUAUCCAGACUGUUAGUCUAGGCUUAGAUCCUCAGCCACUGUUGCCUCCUCUGGAAAUAAUCUGAUUUGCAUGUUAUUUGCUGAGUCUUAGUCGAUGCAAAUAUACUUGUGUUGCCGAUACUGGAUGUCUAACGAUCUUUUAAACAUGCUUUGGGACUUUUUGGUUCAUCAGAAAGAGAUGUUUGACUUCUGUUGGAGAGCUUGGAUCAAGAUUUCCUAAUCCUACAGUGAGGAAUGUGGAACAGGACAUGAAAUGGCUCGAGUUAGUGAAUCUGAGAAGCAGAAAAAUGUGGAGUGUUCUCUGUGCCAGAAGCUUUACUACACAUGCCUCUUGCUUAUAGUGAAGCACAUUAAUUGUAUGUGUUUUGUGUUUAUGUUCUUUUUUUAAUAACAGUUUAUUUGUUCUUUAGUGCAUCACCAGUUUUGCCUCACAAAGGGCUUUGCUCUGCUACAAUGCCUCACACAAACACAUUGCAUUAUGAGUACUUCAGCUACAAGCAUACAGCACGUUGCCUUCCAUUGUAGCCUCUGUAUUUGUCUGAUAUAGGCUUCAUUAUGUCACAUAUGUCAGCAUAAAAUAACGGAUCAUUAAUAAGAGAGUUAGUGUGCCAAGAAAAACUCACUGAUUCCUAGUAAUGAUAUAUAUUGCCUACAAAUAUUUUGUAUCUAACACACAGUCAUAACAGACAGUUUUAUUUUUGCACCACACUCAUAAGCCAUAUUUUAAGUCAGUUGAUCUUAAAUGCAAAUAUGCUGAAGUCACAAUAUCCAUUUUUGGGAACUUUAUAUUGUAUAUCAAAUGCCUUCAUGUCUUCCUAGUGGUUUGUGGUUCUGCAUCUAAUACUAUCUUACAUUUUUAAAUAUAUCAUCUCUGUGUAAAUACUGUAUGUGAGCCAUUUAAUUUACCAAAUACUAAAUAGCGUUGAAUAAUUUGAAUAUGUGUUUGACCUAGAUACAAUUCACUGUGCAAUGCUUUUAAGCUUGAGAUUUCAACACUGGCACUCAUCCUUCUUCAACUCAUGGUCUGGAACAUGCCAAAGCCUAAAGAGCACAUGCUCUCUUAUUAGAAAACCUACAGGCCAGGCAGACUUCCUAGUGCCAUGCAAUGGUUGCCACACAGACAAACUGGCAAAAUACAUUUGAUUUUAAUGUUUAUAUGCAUAUAUACAUACAUACAUGAGCAACAAAUUACAGGAAAAACGAAUGUAAAGUGUCUUAAGGAGGUGUUGGGAGAACAGCUUUAGUGUGCCAGAACAGUCUCUGGAACUGUACUGGAGAGGUGGAAUAACCAUUCUUCCAAAAGAUAUUCCCUUAGCUGGUGUUUUGAUGAUGUGGGUGGGGAGUGUCUAACAUGCUGGUCCAAAAUCUCACAUAGGUGUUAGAGAUCUCAAUUGGAUUGAGAUCUGGUGACUGUAAAGAAUGAUUUAUACAUUUUUAUAUAUAUCAAACCAUGAAAUGCCCUGUGUAUGGGGGGAAUUGUCAGAAUCCACUCCCUUCAGAACAGAAAUGUGGGGUCAAGCAGUGCCAUUCUCUUGGUGUGCACAACACAUACAUUCGCCCACUUGUGGAGAAUAUCGAGCUCAACCGGGCCUGCUUGGUAUUUUUCUACAUGGCACAGCGCAUGGUAGGAUGUUAAUUGCAUCGUGUCAUGCAGUAUACCUGUCUGGAAGCUUCUAGGGUUAGGGUUAUGUUUUUCCUGUUAUGUAUGUUUUUCCUCUAAUUUGUCACCAGUUUGUAUGUGUGUAUGUGUUAUAGCUGGAAAAAAUUGUGUGUUCCUGCAAUGUUGUCAGAAUGUUAUGUGUUGCCACUGGAAUGUUGAUUAACAGUGACAUUUUCAUGGUCAUGUAAAUCAGGUUGAGAAUGUAUAGUAUACCACAGACAAUUUUCUGUACAGUUGUGUUCCACAGAUAUAAUGUCCGUAAUCUAACAUCAGACUCUAAAACCUAAAGUCUGCAAGUAAACCGAGUUCAGUGACUAAUAUACAGUUCACUAAGUACGGAUAUUAGACCAGCUCUCUGACCCUCCAUGAGAACAGUCAGUAGAGUUCAGGUUUGUUAUGUCUGGCUGUGGAGUUGAUACACCAGAGGCAAGCAGCUGGGUUUGGGUUUAUGUAUGUGGGUGUUUUUAAAGAAGAAAUCAUCUCAAGAAGUUUCAGUUACAGAGAAUAGAAUCCAAAAGCUGUAUUUUACUCACUUCACCAUUGCUUCCACAGCUGUAUGCAACUCAGCAGAAAGAACGUUUUCCAUUCUGAGAGAAUGUUCUGAAUGUCUUUAUUUGAUGGAAAGGACAGAGUGGUGGAGAAAUGUUGUUUG